UGUGGGAGUGUCGUUUCACAAUGCUGUUGUUAUAGUAGUUGCCUGUCAGACCACGGCUGUGCAAAUGUCAAAAAGGCUGAGUUGUGCAACCCUCUGCUUUGCAGUCAGAACAAAGACGACAUUGACAGGAUUGUGUCCAUCUCCUGGGCUCCAGUACAGCUCCAUGACUGUCCCUCAUUCCACACAUACUGAGAUAUUUCCGUGCAGCAGCCCACGCGAGACCAUCAGUCCGUCUCCACCAGCAGCUGGAAGACCAUCAGUCAGGCUCAUCCAACGGCAUGAGGGAAGUGUGCUCCACGGGGAAGCCCUCCUGGGCUCUGCGGGCUGUGCUGUUCGGGACGUGUGUCCUCACCCUGCUCAACUCCUCUGCCCUGCUCCUGCUCCUGCUCCGCCUGGGGGAACUCUCUGAGCGACUUGCCCAGACGGACGGACGCCUGCUGGAGCUCUCCGAGCGACUCGCCAAGACGGACGAACGCUUGGGGGAGCUCAGCGCUGGCGUCGGCCCCUCGGACGAGACUCCCGGCGGGCAGCUCCAGGCUCUGCUGAGGCAGAGGGGGCAGGAGCAGCAUGGCCGGGGCAAGAGAAGCCACGGCGGGAGGCAGGAGCAGCAUGGCCAUGGGCACCUGGCAGGCGAUCAGGAUACCAUGUUCAUGGUGACCUACUCCAUGAUCCCGACGAAGGUCUUCUCAGAUCUGUGCAACAGCUCCAAAGGGAUUUGUCUGACAGGCCCACCUGGACCUCCUGGUCCUGCAGGUAGAGAUGGAUCGCCUGGAGUUCAUGGCCAGAAGGGAGACGCCGGAGAGCAGGGCAAGAGAGGAAGACGGGGUCACCCGGGCCCCAUCGGACCUCCAGGUAUACCCGGACCACCCGGACUGCCUGGACCCCCGACCAACGACAGCAGCGCUUGGGAGGAGUUUCUGCUGUCCUUGUCUCUACCUGAAGGUGGCGCGUGGCCCACGCCGACACCCACAGGAGCCGGGUUACAGACUCAGGCCAUCCGGAAGGUUCCUGAAGAACCCCCCCUGCAGGAAACAGCCUCCCCAACACCUGUCAGCGUGGGAGGUACUGGGCCUGAGCAUGGCAGCGUGGGAGACACUACUGCGCCCGCUACUGUGCCCGCUACUGCGUCUGCUGCGUCUGCUACUGCGUCUGCUACUGCGCCUGCCACUGCGCCUGCAAAAGAAAAUACGCCAACGCCCACAGGUGCUUCAUAUGUCUGGGCUGCAUCCAUUCUACAGUCCGGUGCAGUAGCCGUCAUGGCAACAGGGCAAAGAGAGGAGGCGGCAAAAGCAGCUGUGCUGACCCCUACUCCAGCAGAUGAGACACUGAGGGCUGUGCUGACCCCUACUCCAGCAGAUGAGACACUGAGGGGUAUAUACGUGGAAAAGGUGUUCGAAAUCCCUUUUGAUGAUUCAGCGUCCUCCACAGAUAACCCUGGAAAGGACUCAGUAACAGGAGCAGGUUUCCAAACUACUCAACAAGCUGACAAAGCACCUCCUAUGGACACCCCUAUGGACACCUAUGGGACCCCUAUGGACACCUCAGCUUGGUCAACAGCUGCCCCUGGAGAAAAUGACAUUAUAGAGGCUAUUUUAAUACAUGAAGAAGUACUGUCUCAAACACAAGCGGACAACAGACGUGAUGCUUUUCAAGAAACACUCAGGGAAACUCCAGUGGAAAUGCCUUUACUGAAAGCAGUGUCACCCACAUAUAUCCCAGGCGGUGAUGCGACAGUAGGUAUCCCAGGCGAUGAUGCGACAGAAGGUAUCCCAGGCGAUGAUGCGACAGAAGGUAUCCCAGGCGAUGAUGCGACAGAGGCAUUUUUUCCCCGCGUAAAGGAGGCCCCAUCAGCAUCCCCAGCAUACCUAGGAGUGGACCAGCUUCCAGUGAUAGAGCUUUUCAAGAACAUGCUGGAGAAUGCAGGCUGGUCCACAGCUACCCGAGGAGAUGAAGCCAUAACAAUAGGGGACAGUACCUCAGAGACACCAGUUCUUCUCUCUGCUGGCUCUACGGGAGCCAAACUCAUGCAGGCAGGAACUGAGAAUAUCAGUCACACAUCUCUGCUGACAACAGUUGUUCCAGACGGCGACACCUUACCAGGAACAGCUUUAAAGCACGCUAAAGAGCAGACAGCUGUAUCCACUGCCUUCCCCCGAGACGAGACACAGACAGAGAGGCCUGCGUUUUCAAGAAGUGCCAAGAAGAAGCCUAAAAAGAGAACAGAGUGUGUGAUCAAAGUGGUCUCCUGCCAGAUGAACGUGACCAGCACCCAGAGCACCUACGGGAGCCUGCUGUCCGACGCAGCGCAGCGGAGAGACGGACGCGUUUGGGUGGCAGAACACUUUUCUGGGAGGAUGUUGGAGGAGUAUGAGAGUGUUGACCACUUCAUCAGGAGGAUCCACAGCAGAGUGAUUGAUGUCAGGAAGUUCUACCAGGGCUGCGGCCAUGUGGUUCACAACGGCUCCCUCUACUUCCACAUCGCCGGCAUGAACAAGACUGCCAGGUUUGAUCUUCGGACCAGGAAAUUACAGUCCUUGGCAGUGGUAGAUGCCCUUUUCCAUGAGCUGUCGUACCUCUUCCGUAACUCCAAGACCUACUUCAAAUUUGCUGUGGAUGAGGUUGGCCUGUGGCUGAUCUUUGCGUCAAGUGUUGAUGACAGCAUCAUGGUGAGCCGGAUUGAACUGCGGUGGUUUUCUGCCCUCCCCCCCAUAAACACCUCCUACUCCAGGCACCUGGCAGGCAAUGCCUUCAUCGCCCACGGGGUGCUCUACGUGACCGACCCUGAGGACAAGGGCAUCACCUUCGCCUUCGACCUGCUGGAGAGGAAGCCGAUUCGGGUGCAGCUGGCCCUGAGGCCAACUGGGGGGCUUUUAGCCAUGCUGUCCUACAGCCCCCUCCACAAGAGUCUGUUCAUGUGGGACAAUGGCGCAGUGAAAACAUGCAGCGUGCACUUCUCAUCAGAACAGUGUGUGAGGUCAUAACAAGGAAGUACAAAAUCAGAGUGUUUAUACACUGUAUGCAUUGGCAGUUACAGCAUUGGUUAAUUAUGUUUGUGAGAACUGACACUAACUGUGUAGGGAGCAAAGCUGCCAAAGAAGGCACACUUGAGCUGUACAUAGCGCCAACAAUCACCAAAGCAUUUAUAUAUACUUUCAGUUGAUCAUAUUUGUAUAUGUAUUGUACUUGUGUUGCCAAAGACAUACUAUUGAUAACUAACAGGUGGAAGACACAUUUGUAGAGUUGUGGCAGGUAAUAGAUUUGAUAAGUAAUGAUGUAAUGUUACGUAAUGAUGUAAUGAUGUGACUAACUUAAACUCUGAGGACUUUGAGACUAAAUGCCUUUGGACGUGUCACCGCUGCCAGCACUGCAUUCCAUUGUGUCUGUCUCGGACACCAUGCUCUGUAGCGCCCUCUACUGCCCGGGUGUGUUUCUCUCUCUGUGGAAACAAUGGCCUCUAUUGCCCAAAUGUGUUUAUUUGUCUUAGAUUCUAUUAGAUGGAUUCUAGUUAGAUGGAAACAGCGCCCUUGGCUGCCCAAAUGUAUUUAUCGCUCUGUGGAAACAGCGCCCUCUACUGUCCGAGUGUGUUUCUCUCUCUGUGGAAACAAUGCCCUAAUACUGCCCAAGUGUAUUUAUCGCUAUGUGGAAACAGCGCCCUCUACUGUCCGAGUGUGUUCAUCCAUCUGAAUGUUUUUAUCCCUCACCUGUCUAUGGCACUGUUUGAGACAGAACCCUUAAAAAUGGACACUGCAUUAGGCAGCGGAUGCUUUGUGUACCUUUCAAAUAAAUAUCACUCACUGUUUCCA